GUCUGCGUGCGUCUGACGUCACCGCCGGGCUGGGUUUGUGCAGCUGAGCGCCUUUUCACAAUUUUUCCCGAAUAAAUAUCGAUUUUUGUGGAGGAUUGGGGUUGAGAGACAUUGACCACACGCGUCUGCUUCUGCUUUCCGUGUGUGAGCCGCAGAGCCAGAGCCGCACUCAAGCCUUUGUCCCGGGCUGAUGAUGUCAUACAGCCGCGCCGAGUGGUCCCAGCCGCGGGACUUCAGCAGCCUCAUCCAGAGCUGCAGCGGAAACAUCCAGAAGAUCACACAGAACACUGGUCAGAUUAAGAGCCUUUUGUACCAACUGGGAACUGGACAUGAGCCCCAAGAGAAGCUGCAGCAGCUGCAGCACUACACCAAUCAGCUCGCCAAAGAGACGAACCGCCAUCUUAAGGACCUGGGGGCGCUGGCCCCGCCCACAUCUCCAUCUGAACAGCGGCAGCAGAAGCUUCAGAGGGAGCGUCUGAUGAACGACUUCUCCUCGGCCCUCCAGAACUUCCAGACGGUCCAGAGACGAGCGGCCGAGAAGGAGAAGGAGAGUGUGGCCCGAGCGCGUUCCUCAGCCAGAGCUACGGGCGAUGGAGAUGACCUGAAGGACCUGGUCACAUUUGAGAAGGAGGAUGAGUGGGGUCAAACUCUGACACAGACGCAGGAGCUCGGGGUCACAGAGGAGGAUCUGGAGGUCAUCAGGGAGAGAGAGACCAACAUCCGACAACUGGAGGCCGACAUCAUGGACGUCAACCAGAUUUUCAAAGACUUGGCCGUGAUGAUCCAUGACCAGGGAGAAAUGAUCGACAGCAUUGAGGCGAAUGUAGAAAACGCAGAAGUCCAUGUUAACAGAGGCGCGGCUCAGCUCCAGAAGGCUGCAUACUACCAGAGAAAGUCUCGUAAGCGGAUGUGCUUUCUGACCAUGGUGCUUUCACUGGUGCUCGUGAUUCUCAUCAUCAUCAUCUGGCAGGCCAUUAAAUGAGUCAAAUGAGUCUGCAGUUUACCCAGUGUCCUUGAAGUGUGCACAUUUGAGUGUGUAUGUGUAUGUAUGUGUGAGUGUGUGAGUGUGUGUGUCUGAAUGUGAGUGAGUGUGUGUGUUUGUGAGUGUGUGUGUGUGUGGGGUUGUGUGUGUGUGUGUGUGUGUGUGUGUGUGUGUGUGUUAGUGUGUGUGUGUUGGGGUGUGUGUGUGUGUGAGUGUGUGUGUGUGUGUG